AUGGAGGAUGCGGAACUGCCGCCACUUCCACAAGUCCAGAUCCAGAAGGUUUCGCGUCUGGCGGAGGUCCAGUUUCCUCCACGGGUGUCAGGUGAUGUUUUUCAUUGGCAGGAUGUGAAGCUGCAUCCGCACAGAGGAAGCCUCGGCGACGCGGGGCGGUUGGCAUGCGCAUCUCAGCCAAGAGCUGCGGGCGUUUGGCGAGGAACGCUACAGGGUGCGACCCCUUCAGCCGCAGCGGCCAAAGUUCUGCCGCUGCUGCCGGGCAGUGUUGCUUUGGAUGCCUGUGGCACGCUUGCGGACACGGCCAUAACUUGCUCUUGCCUGCACUUCUUGCCCUCGGCGAUGCUGGAGGAAGAUGUACGGCGGCGUCGGAGCGUAGCAAGCCACGAGCUCGGAACCGCUUCUGGCGAUGAGGCAGCUUGUGGCCGAGAUGUGAAGGUCUUCGUCUUGGCGGGGCAGCCGGGUCAGGUCCUUUCGCAUCACGCUGAACUCUUUCUCCUUGCGCGGGGCGAAGGCCGCUUCGAAGCUUUGCUUCGCCUGGUGGCUCUGGCACACGCUCCUCCGAGUCGGGCCGGGGCCGCUUUGCGCUUUCCGGUCACGCGAGAGUCGCCGCUCGGAGCCCUGCAAGAGGUAUGGAAGGAAGUGGCGAUGGUGGAGCUCCCCCGGCUUUUUCAGCUCUCCGUUCGAAAUGGCGGGGCAGGACUGGCUCUGCCCGGGAAGGAGAAGUUUCUGGUGGAGGAACCGUUUUUUCGUUUCGGCAUGGCGAUUGGCGCCCUGCUGGCAGCAUCAGUGGUGCUUGGGGCAGUGGCGAGCUGCCCGACAACGAGCGGCUGCAAAGCAGCCGGCUCGCAGAAUUCGGGUCCCUUGCUUCUGCAGGUUGGCGGCAAGGAACUUCGGCGUGUGGAGGCCCACGUGGCCUCAUGGGUGGCAGGAGCCUAUGAGGACUGUCGCAUCGUGGAGCGCGGGGGUCGACCUCGAAAGGAGCGUGUGGGUUUCCAGCACCGUCCUGUGACCUGCCGGUCUGCCGUGGAUGGAAGCGAAUUGCCGGAUGCUGCUUGUGCAGGCCUCCCUCCUCCUCGGCGUUGGCGACGCUGCGAUUGUGGUAUCGUGGUUUGCAAGCCCGGAGAAGAAGAAGGUCACUUUACACGCGAGCGGUGGUCAGAGCUGGGUGCAGCCGCCUCCGGCAGCCGGGACGUCCACUUCAGCUUCCUGGGCUGCCUCUCACCGAGCCAGGAUGCCCCCGCACCGUCACAGGUCACGUCCUCACGGGACGAGAGUUGCAUCAUGUGGAAGGAAGGCACUUGCAGGCUCGGACUUCCCUUCUACCGUUGGGAUUGCGCGGAAGCAGACGUUAUGAGCCCGCAGCUGUGCUUCCAGUUCUGCCUCGGCAAAGGCCUUGACCUUUUCGGUCUUCUCGGCUCCGAGUGCCGUUGCGGUGCGUCUGCCCUGAAUCGUCAGGCCUGGCGCUGGGGGAAGCCCCGUGCAGGUCUGACCAUUCCCUGGGAGCAGCUGGGCGCUGCUGAUGACUCUGAGUGUGCGCGCAUCUAUCGGUACACUGGCCACUUUGAGGCUGGUGGGUCCGUGCCAGAUGCCCUGCAGUUCUUGACAGAGGACGACCUGGCUUACCUGGACUCUCUUGCCAUUGGUGAGGUCAUGACAGCAGAAGAGGAAGAAGAUGUUCCCAGAUCUAUAUGGGAGGCCGAGGUGGAGCCAAGCGGCAAAGAUCUGUCGGCCCUGCAGACGACCUCUUCACGAAAUCAAUGUCCUGUGACUGGCACCUGCCCCUGCAGCAAUGCUGACUACCCGUGCUAUGCGUACUACUCAGCAGGCGAUAGAUGUGCCUGUUUCAAAAUCAACGGCUUCACGACUCCCGAGAACUGUGCCUCCUUCGGCGGAACCUUCUGUGGCGACUUCAGCACCACAACAACUACUACAACCACCACCACCAGCUACACCGGCCCGCCGACGACAACGACGACAGCUGCAGAUCCACCACCGGGACAGGGCUGGUCAAGGGCAUCGGCUGCGAGUAAUCCUGGCAGACGCUGGCCCGAGAGAAGGUCAGAUCCUCCGGGCAACACGGAGGACGUGUGGGACGACUAUGUCGUGAUUCGCUACGCCUUCAAUGCCAGCAUCGACAACAACCGAAAAGACGCAUUUCGCAAUGCCGUGACAAUGUGGAGGGAGACAACUUGCGUGAAUCUCAUUGAGGAGGAGACUCCCGCGAGGCCCUAUGUCUUGAUCGGAAUUUGGGACACCGGAAGCUGCUACGCCAACCUUGGGUUCAGCACCUUCUACAACAGCAACUCGUACGCGAGGAUAAAUCUGGGUUGGUGCAACGAUGCAAGACAUACCGGGAACAUGGCACACGAGAUCGGCCAUAUCCUCGGCAUGAACCACGAGCAGAAGCGCCCAGAUGGACCUGAGAGUUACUAUGGUAAAGGUCCUUAUCUGAACGUCUUCUGGGACAACAUCCCGAGCAGCUGGACGUCGCAGUACACCCCCAGUGCCUCCACGUACACCGGAUCGGUGCAGGAUUUCACCGGCGACCCUCAGGUGGGCUAUGCUCAGUACGAUUUUGAAAGUAUCAUGCACUACGGGGGCGGCUCUCGAUACGACACCAUUCCCGCAUCAGCAGAGUCUCGAGUUGGCCAGCGGAGUAGGCUCUCUGAAGGUGACAUUACUCAGAUUCUCGACGUGUACGAGUGCAGCUCCAAGCUCACCACCACCACCACGACGAUCACAACGACGACCACCACGACGAGCAGCACAACCACCACCACCACUACCACAACCACCACGACUUCAACGACGACAGCUGCGACCACGAUGACUACGACUGCAGCUGCGUUCGUCCCUGUCAAUGGCGAUGGUGUCGACCAGGUUUGCCGUGGUGCGAAUGCCGGUGAUAAUCAGCUGUCGUACUUCACAGUGACAAACACCGGAUCACUGGAAGAGUGCAAGGAGGAAUGUGCCGGCUUUCAAUCGCCAUGCGUCGGCAUCGAGUACCACUUUGGAUCGCUAGUGGCUUUAGGAUCGGGCAGAUGCGAGAUUUGGACCAGAUCCGCUGGAAUCGGCGCGACAGUGAUGUCGAGCGGCUACACCUGUCUGCGGUACCUUCCAAAUGCGCCGAGCACGACACUGACAACAACUAUAGACCCUGCCUUAUUUCGAGGCUUUCAGGACGACGGCUCGAACCAGGUGUGCCGCGGCUCAGGCCCAGGCGACAACUUGGCAGAGUAUUUCAUCGCGACCUGGGGGGUCGAGUCUCUGUCCGCGUGUCAGGCGGAGUGUUUGGCAACUUCCUCCACAUGCAAGGGCAUCGAGUUCAAUGAGGCUGCUGGCAGAUGUGAAGUUUGGAUCCGGCCAGAGGGGAUCGAAGCCACAGUGCAGGCGGACGGCUACAGUUGUCUCGUCUAUGUCCCGAACCUUCCGACGACAACGACCGUGGAUCCCUCUCUGUUCCAGCCCAUUCUGGGUGAUGGCAAUGGCCAGGUCUGCCGUGGUGACAGCAUCGGCGACAACCUGGGCUCCUAUUUCACAGUGAUCAACUCCUUGAACUCGAUUGAAGAGUGCAAGGCAGCCUGUGUGCAGGAAUCAGACUGCAAGGGGAUCGAGUAUCACACGAGCGGUCGCUGCGAAGUUUGGACAAGACAAGGCGGUAUCGGCACCACCAUGGAGCUGGCGGGCUAUACAUGCCUUCGCUACGUGCCCGCACUUGCCUAG